AUGCCUCAAGAAACGACUCAAACUGAAAAGAUUGGUUCAAAGCAACCUCAUCAGCUCGAAGCGAUGUCUCCAGCCAUGCAGAACUGGUUGAACCAGUCAAAACAGGUUGAGCCUUGGUCGCAUGUGCAGGUGCAGACACAGCCGACAAGGACUCGAACGGCUGAACCGCCCAAGCUAUGA